CCCGCCGCCGCCGCCGCCGCCAUGGCGCCGCUCCUGGGCCGCAAGCCCUUCCCGCUGGUGAAGCCGCUUCCCGGGGAGGAGCCGCUCUUCACCAUCCCGCACACUCAGGAGGCCUUCCGCACCCGGGAAGAAUACGAAGCCCGCCUGGAGAGGUACAGUGAGCGCAUCUGGACCUGUAAGAGUACUGGAAGCAGUCAGUUAACACACAAGGAGGCCUGGGAAGAAGAACAGGAAGUCGCUGAACUUUUGAAGGAGGAAUUCCCUGCCUGGUAUGAGAAGCUUGUUCUGGAAAUGGUUCACCAUAACACAGCCUCCUUAGAGAAGUUAGUGGAUACUGCUUGGCUGGAGAUCAUGACCAAAUAUGCCGUGGGAGAGGAGUGUGACUUUGAGGUUGGGAAGGAGAAAAUGCUCAGGGUGAAGAUUGUGAAGAUUCACCCUUUGGAGAAGGUGGACGAAGAGGCCGCUGAGAAGAAGUCGGACGGGGCCUGUGAUUCUCCGUCGAGUGACAAAGAGAACUCCGGUCAGAUCGCUCAGGACCCGCCCAAGAAGGAGGCGCUUGGGAAAGAGGAGGAAGGAAGGAGAGAGAGUAUUAAUGACAGAGCUCGUAGAUCUCCACGUAAACUUCCCACUUCAUUAAAAAAAGGAGAAAGAAAAUGGGCUCCUCCAAAGUUUCUGCCUCACAAAUACGAUGUGAAACUACAAAAUGAAGAUAAGAUCAUCAGCAGUGUGCCGGCAGACAGCCUGGUCCGCACAGAGCGCCCGCCAAAUAAGGAGAUCCUCCGGUACUUUAUAAGGCACAAUGCGCUACGGGCUGGUACUGGUGAAAAUGCGCCUUGGGUUGUAGAAGAUGAGUUGGUGAAGAAGUACUCUUUGCCUAGCAAGUUCAGUGACUUUCUGCUCGACCCAUAUAAGUAUAUGACUCUCAAUCCUUCUACUAAGAGAAAGAAUACUGGAUCCCCAGACAGGAAGCCUUCAAAGAAAUCCAAGACAGAUAAUUCGUCUCUCAGUUCACCACUAAAUCCUAAGUUAUGGUGUCAUGUACACUUGAAGAAAUCUUUGAAUGGCUCGCCACUCAAAGUCAAGAACUCAAAAAAUUCCAGAUCUCCAGAAGAACAUCUAGAAGAAAUGAUGAAGAUGAUGUCACCCAACAAGCUGCAUGCUAACUUUCACAUUCCUAAGAAAGGCCCGCCCACCAAGAAACAAGGGAAGCACAGUGACAAACCUUUGAAGGCCAAGGGCAGAAGCAAAGGCAUCCUCAAUGGACAGAAAUCCACAGGAAAUUCCAAAUCUCCCAAAAAGGGCUUAAAGACUCCUAAAACCAAAAUGAAGCAGAUGACUCUGUUGGAUAUGGCGAAAGGCACUCAGAAGAUGACACGAGCCCCAAGGAAUUCUGGGGCAGCGCCGAGGUCCACUACUAAGCCCCAUAAGCACCUGCCUCCUGCCGCCCUGCAUCUCAUUGCCUACUACAAAGAAAACAAAGAUAGGGAGGACAAGAAGAGCGCCCUGUCGUGCGUCAUCUCCAAAACGGCCCGCCUCCUCUCCAGUGAGGACAGAGCGCGGCUCCCGGAGGAGCUGCGCAGCAUCGUCCAGAAACGCUACGAGCUUCUGGAGCACAAGAAGAGGUGGGCCUCGAUGUCUGAGGAGCAGCGGAAAGAGUAUUUGAAAAAGAAGCGCGAGGAGCUGAAAGAAAGGUUGAAGGAGAAAGCCAAAGAACGGAGGGAGAAAGAAAUGCUUGAGAAGUUAGAGAAACAGAAGCGGUAUGAGGACCAAGAGCUAACUGGCAAAAGCCUUCCAGCCUUUAGAUUAGUGGACACCCCCGAAGGACUGCCCAACACACUCUUUGGGGACGUGGCCCUGGUGGUGGAGUUCCUGAGUUGUUACUCCGGGCUGCUCUUACCUGACGCUCAGUACCCCAUUACUGCCGUGUCCCUUAUGGAAGCAUUGAGUGCAGACAAGGGUGGCUUUCUGUACCUGAACAGAGUGUUGGUCAUCCUCCUGCAGACCCUAUUACAGGACGAGAUCGCGGAGGACUACGGCGAACUGGGGAUGAAGCUGUCCGAGAUCCCUCUGACCCUGCAUUCUGUUUCCGAGCUGGUACGGCUCUGCUUGCGCAGAUCCGACGUUCAGGAGGAAAGCGAGGGCUCCGACGCGGAUGACAACAAAGACUCGGCGCAGUUUGAGGACAAUGAAGUGCAGGAUGAGUUCCUGGAGAAGCUGGAGACGUCCGAGUUCUUUGAGCUGACGUCAGAAGAGAAGCUGCAGAUCCUGACAGCACUAUGCCACCGGAUCCUCAUGACGUACUCAGUGCAGGACCACAUGGAGACCAGGCAGCAGAUGUCGGCGGAGCUGUGGAAGGAGCGGCUUGCCGUGCUGAAGGAGGAGAAUGACAAGAAGAGAGCAGAGAAGCAGAAGCGGAAAGAAAUGGAAGCCAGAAAUAAAGAAAAUGGAAAGGAGGAGAACGGGUUAGGCAAAACUGACAGGAAGAAAGAGAUCGUGAAGCUAGAGCCCCAAGUAGAUACGGAAGCCGAAGACAUGAUUAGUGCCGUGAAGAGCAGAAGGCUGCUUGCCAUGCAAGCUAAGAAGGAAAGGGAAAUCCAGGAAAGAGAAAUGAAAGUCAAACUAGAGCGGGAGGCUGAAGAAGAACGGAUACGGAAGCACAAAGCAGCUGCCGAAAAGGCGUUCCAGGAAGGCAUCGCCAAGGCGAAGCUCGUCAUGCGCAGAACUCCUAUUGGCACCGAUCGAAACCAUAACAGAUACUGGCUCUUCUCGGACGAAGUUCCAGGACUGUUCAUCGAGAAGGGCUGGGUACAUGACAGCAUUGACUACCGAUUCAGCCACCUCCGCAAGAAGCACUCGGACCCUCCCGACGAGGAUUCCUGCCCCCGCAAUAAGAAAGCAAACUUAGGCAAAAAUGCCAACUUGAAUUCCCAUGGACCAGCAAUAGAAAUUGCUGUGGAGACCACCGUACCCAAACAAGGACAGAACCUAUGGUUUCUGUGUGAUAGUCAGAAGGAGCUGGAUGAGCUGCUAAACUGCCUUCACCCUCAGGGAAUCCGAGAAAGUCAGCUGAAGGAGAGGCUGGAGAAGAGGUACCAGGACAUCAUUCACUCCAUUCACCUGGCUCGGAAACCAAAUCUGGGGCUGAAAUCCUGUGAUGGCAACCAGGAGCUCUUAAACUUCCUCAGGAGCGACCUCAUUGAAGUCGCAACAAGGUUACAAAAAGGAGGGCUUGGCUACGUGGAAGAGACAUCAGAGUUUGAAGCCCGGGUCGUUUCCUUAGAGAAGCUGAAGGACUUCGGUGAGUGUGUCAUUGCCCUUCAGGCCAGCGUCAUAAAGAAAUUUCUCCAGGGCUUCAUGGCUCCCAAGCAAAAGAGAAGAAAAUUGCAAAGUGAAGAUUCAGCAAAAGCCGAGGAAGUGGACGAAGAGAAGAAAAUGGCAGAGGAAGCAAAGGUUGCGUCUGCACUGGAAAAAUGGAAGACGGCAAUCCGUGAGGCUCAGACUUUCUCCAGGAUGCACGUUCUGCUCGGGAUGCUGGACGCGUGCAUCAAGUGGGAUAUGUCCGCAGAGAACGCGCGCUGCAAAGUCUGCCGAAAGAAGGGUGAGGACGACAAGCUGAUCCUCUGUGACGAGUGUAAUAAAGCCUUCCACCUGUUCUGUCUGCGGCCGGCCCUCUACGAAGUGCCAGAUGGCGAGUGGCAGUGCCCGGCCUGCCAGCCAGCCACUGCCCGGCGCAACUCCCGCGGCAGGAAUUAUACCGAAGAGUCGGCCUCUGAAGACAGUGGAGACGCCGAGAGCGAUUCGGAGGAGGAGGAAGAGGACGAUGACGAGGAGGAGGAAGACUAUGAGGUGGCUGGUUUGCGAUUGAGGCCACGCAAGACCAUCCGGGGCAAGCAGAGCGUCAUCACCCCUGCAGCCAGGCCAGGCCGCCGCCCGGGGAAGAAGCCCACCCGGCGGGCGCGGCCCAAGGCGCCCCCUGGGGACGACGCUGAGGUGGAUGAGCUGGUGCUUCAGACGAAGCGGGGCUCCCGGAGGCAGAGCCUGGAGCUGCAGAAGUGCGAGGAGAUCCUGCACAAGGUGGUGAAGUACCGCUUCAGCUGGCCCUUCAGGGAGCCCGUGACGCGGGAUGAGGCCGAGGACUACUAUGACGUCAUCAGCCACCCCAUGGACUUCCAGACGAUGCAGAACAAGUGCUCGUGCGGGGACUACCGCUCGGUGCAGGAGUUCCUGGGCGACAUGAAGCAGGUGUUCAGCAACGCCGAGCUCUACAACUGCCGCGGCAGCCACGUGCUCAGCUGCAUGGCGAAGACGGAACAGUGCCUGGUGGCCCUGCUGCGCAAGCACCUGCCCGGCCACCCCUACGUCCGCAGGAAGCGCAAGAAGGUUCCCGAUCGGCCCGCCGAGGACGGAGCGGACAGUGAGCCCGAGCCCGCGGGCCAGUCCCGGGGACGAAGACAGAGGAAGUAGAGAGGCGGGCCCCGGUGAGGGAGCUGAGUUGGGGGGUGGGUAGCCGGAGACAGCAAGGGAACAGGAACGGGAGGAGAGGGUUGGGGGCACCCAGGAGAGGUGGCCGCGCUCUCCUGGCCUGGGCGGGGCUCUCUGCCCAGAGGCGCCUCCUUUCUGAGUUUCCAGAGAGGCCGAGGGCACAGCUUGUCCUGGGAACCCGGUCCCUAUCCCUUCCAUUCCCUAGGGCCCCUCCCACUCUGGCGACCACAGCAGGUCGGCGGGCGUGGGCUGACCGCACGCUGUGGCUGUGCAGCCUCACUGCCUUCAGCCCGGACGCCCCUCCCCCCGCGGCAGCGUCGGUGAGUGCCAUGCACGCAGGAUCUGUGUUCACCAGCAUUGCGGGGGCAAAGGUCACGUCCCGAGCCAUUCCUGAAUACCUCUCCCCAGUGCCAUCACCCCCCCCCAACAAAAAUUUAAAAAAAAAAAAAAAAAAAACAA